AUGGAGGGCCGAGAAGUGCUGAUCGGUUCCAAUGGCCGCAAUGGCCAUGCAACCGCAGGAACCAGUGGAGCACCAGGGGUGGUGCCGCAGCGAGUCGCCAGCUCAAGGCAUUUUUUUGCGCUCAUGCGGAAGAACCGCUUGCUAAAGAAGAGGGAGUGGUCAGCGCAGUGCUGUCCGUGGUGCCCCUUGGCUGCCUGCUGUGAGCUGCUUCUGCCAAUCGCAGUCUUAGCCCUACUGUGGUGGGCAAAGUCCGAAUGCAAUGGAACUGGCCAGUGUGAGCUUCCUAUCCUUGAGGGCUGGGGUGGCCACAUGCCUGAGAAGAAUAAGAGCACCGUGUGUGUGGAAGGCCUAGAGCUGGAGGCGUCCUCCAGUUUGGCUUCGCGUUCUUACUGCAAUGCCUGGACACAUUAUCUUUUGGAGCCAGUGGAUUUUGGCGUGGUCCUGGCCUACUUGCACUGGACUGGCGAACGAAUUGUCUUAGCUGCGGAUCAUGCUUCUGAUUUUCCGAAGGUGGAGAAGUUCCGCAAAACCAUCACUGAAGAAUGGUUUCCAGAUCUCUACCUGAAGAACAUCCCUUGCGUACCUCUUGAGCGAGAUUUGCUUGGGAAGCUCGAGACAGAAAUCAUGCCUGGCAAGGCAGAGAACAAGAGCUUGCCUUGCAUGAAGAAGAAAGUCAAUCCAGGAAUUCUGCCUGGCUUUGCAAAUCUUACUCAUCCCAAGAUCCUCACUUCUUCCGAGCUGGAAAAUUACAUGGAAAGCGGUGCUCGAAUUUUUGGAGCGAUUGUCUUCCAUCAGAUACCGUCGGGUGAGAAAGGCUCUCCUGGAGAUUGGGCAUACAGUAUCCGUCUCAACGUUUCUGCCGGCACAACAAUUUUCACACAAGUGCCACCGACUCGACCACUAGAUUUAGGGCUCCGGAUGAACGAGGCCUUUACGUAUUUCAAGAGGGGCUUCAUCACUCUUCAGCUUCUAGUCGAUCGCUACAUCAUUGACUGGCCCAGCGAUGUUGAGCUGACUGAGGAGACACGUAGAGAACUGCUUUUGGAGGGAGGUUUACGAUGGGCGAUGGGUGAGACGCCAGAGACGCAAGCAGUGCUGGCAGAGCAUUUGCGUUACUUGCCUCAAAGCGUGAACGCUUUGGCAAUGCCUGUGGCUGGCAGAGUGAUCGAUGGAUUCUACGAGCUGAUCGCCUUGGCAUUUCCACUCGUUUUUAUCGUGGCCUUCCUCUACACUCAGAAGAAGGUGUUGAACGAGUUGAUCUCGGAGAAGGAGACGAAGAUCCGGGAGAGUUUGAGGAUGCUUGGCGUCAGAAGCUUCGCCAUCAUCAGCUCAUGGUUUGUUACCUAUGGCAUCAUCUUUGCUGCUCUAUGUGCAAUUUUCGCCAUUGUGGCCUCAUUCUAUGUUUUCCCCGGCUCCAGCCUGACAUUGAUCUUCAUGUUCUUCUGGCUGUGGUGCAUGUCCUUCCUCGCUUUUGCGUGGUUCAUUCAUUGCUUCUUCAACCAAUCUCGGACAGGAGGAAUUGUUGGCAUGAUCAUCAUGUUUGCGCAAUGGAUUGUGUAUUCAUCGCAGAAUCGGCAGGGUCCCCCGUCUGAGAGUGUCACCAUCUUGUUAAUGUUGAUGCCCAACGCUGCAUUUUGCACUGGCCUGCAAACGAUAGCGAAAUUUGAAGCUGCUCGAGUGGGAGUGCAAUGGGGCGAUGUUUUUAUGGAAGUGAGAAAUUGCUCCUUCAUAUCUGUUCUGGCCAUGAUGUGCCUAGAUAUUGUUCUGUUUACGGCGCUGGGUUGGUACUUUGAUCGCGUGCUGCCCAAAGAGUAUGGCGUGCGCCUGUCUCCCAACUUCAUAUUUCGACGAUCAUUCUGGCAGUCCAUUUGGAGGUCAGCCGAUGGUGAUGCUGCUGCGACAGCCGAAGAGGCGGCGCUCCAAGGGCCAUCAGCGCAGUGUGCAGCUGCUGAAGAAGUGCCACAGGCCUUGAGGCUGAAAUCUGCUGCCUCUGGCUGCGUGGUGCGAACGCUGGCCCUGGGACGAGAAUUUCAGACGCCGGCAGGGAAGAAGGUGGCCGUGGAAAGCUUGGACAUGGCCAUGUUUGAAGGUCAGAUUUUGGCUUUGCUGGGCCACAACGGAGCUGGCAAGUCAACAACGAUUAACAUGCUCACUGGAAUGGUGGAGCCCAGUUCUGGAGAUGCCAUCGUUGCUGGACACCGCUUGAGCAACAGUAUCCAGGCCAUCCGGCAAGUGAUUGGUGUUUGCCCUCAACACGAUGUCUUGUGGCUCGAGCUCACAGUCUGGGAGCAUUUGACCGUCUAUGCCCAACUCCGAGGAGUGCCUGCUGCUGAGGUGACUAGCCGUUGCAACGAGAUGAUGCAGCAGGUUGGUUUGACCGAAAAGGCACAAACUCGUGCAGGAGCUCUGUCCGGUGGCCAAAAGAGAAAGCUUUCGCUUUGCCUGGCGCUGAUUGGGAGACCUCCUGUGGUCUUCUUGGAUGAGCCGACUUCAGGUAUGGAUCCAUACAGCCGCAGAGCGACAUGGAACAUCAUCCGCGCAGCUCGAGAAGGGCGUGUGGUCGUCUUGACCACGCAUUUCAUGGACGAGGCGGAGAUCCUGGGCGACCGAGUGGCGAUCAUGGCAGAAGGACGGCUCUGUGUUUGUGGCUCUUCUCUCUUCCUCAAGGCACAUUUUGGUGCAGGCUAUCGGCUGAUGUGUGCCAGAAAGGAUGUGUGUCACGCAUCGGAUGAGGAUCCCAUCCAAAGCGCAGUGAUGAGGCACAUCCCGGAAGCACAGAAGAUUACCGACAUAGGCGCUGAGCUGUCGCUGCAGUUGCCAUCCUCGAGCACAUCGAAAUUCCAUGGCCUUCUUGAUGAGUUGGAGAGGAACAAGGAUGAGAUCGGUUUGGCUCACUAUGGCCUGUCCAUGGUGAAGUUAGAGGAGGUGUUUCUGAAGGUUGCCAGUGGAGAGAUGGAUGGAGAGCAUCCAUCGACCCAAAACGGUCUCCAAGAGUGGGCAUCUGGUGUGAGAGCUGAAGGAUCCCGACACGUGACUCAUUUGGCCGCGCUCUUCAUGAAACGCGCUCGAUAUGGACGGCGUGACAUGAAGGCUCUUGCUUGUACUGUUGUGAUGCCUAUGGUGCUGCUGGCAUUUGGUUUGGGUAUUUUGAACGUGAUCGGAAGCCGACAUCUUCCACCUUUGUUGAUGGAUGUGGCUUCACAAUUUGGUGCAGAUGCACCGGCUGCUUUCAACAUCAGCGAAGGAGGCGUUGGCGAUUUGACUGCUGCGCUGAAGACAGCCCACGUUCGACCGGAAGCAGAGCAGGUAGAGAGAGGUGUGGCUGAUGGUCUUCUUUUUGGCCGCAAUUAUGCUGAUGGUGUUCCAGUCUAUGAGUUUUGCGAAGAGCACCCGCACUUUUUCUCGAAGUGCUGGAAGGAGAUUGAGAUUUGUGACAAGAUCGAGCCGUUUUUGGAGCUCGUAAGCACUGUCGGCAUUGGCAUCGGCUGCAGCACUGAUCAGCAAGGAUGCCAAGACGCCAUUGCUGGGGCAUGCCAGGAUGGAGCAGCUGGAUGCGUUCAAACUUGCCAAGACCAAGCCAGCGUGUCCAAGGGCAUUUGUCGAUCAAAAUGUCAAGAGGUUUGCCAUGAUGCGGCUGCCAACUUCUCCCAGGUCUGUGAUCUCCUACAGCCACCUUUGGGAACCAUUGGAACGAUAUGCCCCGUAGAAUGUGCUGGGACCGCACCUGAUACUUGUCAAGUUGGGACAAUUUGCUCAACGCCGUAUCUUCCACACGUUGGAAAUCCAAAGGAAGUGCUGCAGAUGGCAACAUUGCUCUUCCAAGAAGGCUCCGAAUUGCCGCGGCGCUCCGACGUUCGCUAUGGUGCCAUUUUGUCCACAUCCAACAGCACUGUAGGUACAUCUGCCGUGAUUUUCUACAACACAUCAGCGCCACAUGCAGUGCCGGCUUUUCUGAAUCUGCUUUCAAGAGGUCUCCAGCAGUUGCGCUCCAAAGGCUCCAUCAAGGUCACGUCGCAUCCCGUGACCCGCUCCAGGUUCGAAGAGUUGAACCAGGUGGUCAGUGCCGUCGUAGACUUGACCUCAACGUUCGUCAUCAUUAUUGCCUUCUCGUGGAUUCCACCUGCCAUUGUUGCCUACGUCGUGCGAGAGCGUGAGGCCCACCACAACUCAAAGCACCAGCAACUGAUCUCCGGCGUCAGCAUUUUUGCGUACUGGACUUCAAACUUCUUGUGGGAUGUAUGUCUCUAUGUGUUGCCUCUUGCUUUCACGAUUCUCUUCCUGUGGCUCUUUGGUAUCAAUGCCUUUGUGCAACAUGGUGCUCUAUGGGCAAGCUUCGUGAUCUUUGCAGGGUACGGCCUGGCAGUCGCUCCUUUCUCAUAUUUGUUGUCCUUUCUGUUUGCUAAGCACACCUCUGCUCAGAUUUUAUCGCUUGUCUUAAAUUUCCUCACGGGACUCCUUCUUAUGCUGACGUCUUACAUCCUCAACCUCAUCAAGAAUACGAAGGACGUGAACGAAUCACUGAUGUGGAUCUAUCGACUCUUCCCAGGUUUUUGUCUUGGGCAUGGUCUUUUCGAGAUUUGCACGAACUCGGUGAUCUCUCGACAGCUAAACACCGAAGUGGCACUGCUGGAGUGGGAUGUGGCUGGCAAAGAUGCAAUGUGCAUGUACAUCUUGGCUCCCAGCUAUUUCUUCUUGACCGUGUUGAUCGAUUUCUUGAUGCAUUCGCCACUGGCUGCGUCAUCUCGACAUUUGGAUCCAGUUCUGCAGCAGAGAGACAUCGAGGAUGAUCCGGACGUCGCAGCAGAAGCCAAACGUAUCGAGGAUGGCGGAGGCAACGACGAUGUCGUCCGCUUGGAGAAGCUCAGAAAGGUUUAUCGAACACCGGAGGGAGCUCCAAAGGUGGCAGUCCAAAGCCUGACCUUCGGCUUGCGCUUGGGUGAAUGCUUUGCCUUCCUGGGCACCAACGGAGAGAAGGCCAUGCCGCCCCGGCCCAGCCACUCGUCGGACGAGGCGCACGUGGUCGACGUCACGAAGACGGACGUGCUCAAGGAAGUCUUCGAAGAGAACGAAGAGUUCACAGCGCAUCAGGACAAGCUAGCGCAGGCACCAUAA